UCCAUCUCUUACAUAUCUCAACAUGUGUCCCAUCACAAUGCGCUCCGUGUUUUCCAGAGCAAAGUCUUGCUGAUGAUGAGUUGUUGGACAGUGCGGCUGACCGGGAUAUCUGGUGGGGAUCAACUAAGCCGCAUGAUCACAGUUAUUGCCACUAACAGAGUGUCACGCAUUUCGUGCAGUGUUCUGAUAUCACCACUAUCAAGCUCACAAGGUCAACUGCAUGUCCCUGUCCAAGCUCAGCAGUGCAACCAGCCACAGAUCUGACGACGUAACACGGGCCGUUUCCAAGCUUCAAGCCACCAUCUUAUAAGUCAGCAAAGGUGUUUUUCAGGGCCGUUGGCAUGCUCAUACUUGUUUCGUUUUGAUUCAUUGCAAAAGCAUCCUCCUAUAUAGACGGACGUCUUCUCAUGUCCCUGGAACGACUCACUCAGGCUGCUUUGUCCCGGAGCUCUGCAUCAAGGAUGCUGGGCCCGGCUGCUAUCUCCGGCCUCUUCGUGGGGCUUGUUCUCGGUGUUCCUGUUGCCGUAUAUGCUCUGUUUCUUGGGUUGAGCUCGAUACCAUUCUUUCAGCGCCAGUUCUUAUAUGCCCACAAUAUCCACAGCUUGUGGUGGCCAGGCGCUCGAAAGAGAAGCAACCAGGCCCAACGAUACGGCUUCGCAAAAAACCAAGCAACCCCCUUCCUCCUCGGCACCCCUGACAACGAAUCCCUCUACGCCUGGCACGUCCUCCCCCUAACCCUCUACAGCAAACAUUCCCCCACCCUUAUCUCGCGCCCCGACGAGGGCACAUGUCACAAAGACUUCACCAAAACCCUGCAGUACGACCUCCUCCUCAACGACCCCGACGCCAAAGUGGUCGUAUCCUUCCACGGCAACGCCGGCCACCUCCUCCAAUCCCACCGUCCCCGAGUCUACCACACCCUUUCUCUCAAUCACCACCUCUUCACCCUCUCCUACCGCGGCUUCGGCCUCUCCACCGGCUCCCCCACCGAAGACGGCCUCAAAACCGACGCCAUCUCCCUCCUCAACUUCCUCCUCAACGAAUGCCGCGUCCCACCUCAGCGCAUCGCUUUACUCGGGCAGUCCCUCGGCACGGCUGUCGUCGCCGCAGUGACGCAUCAUUUUGCUGUUAACCACCAAAUCGACUUUGCUGGCUCGGUCAUUGUCGCUGGAUUUAGCUCGUUGCCCGCUAUGCUGAGCGGGUAUCGCAUCGCGGGCUUCAUCCCCGUGUUGAGGCCGCUGUCUUGGUGGCCUUGGUUGUUGAGGGUGGUGAUAGGUAGGGUGGUGGAUAAGUGGGAGAGUGCCGCUCGCUGGCAGGAAACCACGCGUGAGGUGAAGCGAAGGGGGGGUAGGUUGAGGUUGGAGAUGGUGCAUGCGAAGAACGAUUGGGAUAUUCCUGCGGAGGAGGAUGACAAGGUGUUUAGGGCUGCGGUGGGGGGGCUGGUGGGGGAUAAGUUGACGGAGGGUGAUAUUGACAGGUUGAAGGGGGAGAGGGUGGUGAAGGAUGAGAACCAGGGGUUUGUGGCCGAGUGGAUGGAGGAAGGGGUGGUGGUAAGGCAGGAGUUGGUUCCUUUUGGAGGACACAACGAUGUCACGUUUUAUGCGCCAACGCUGUUGGCUAUCAUGAGGUCAUUUGAAGGGGUGGAAGAGUGAGAUGUGAGGCUGUGGAGAGUGGUAGGGAGUGGGUUUAAUGUUUAUACUCUGCAUAGAGACUUACGAAGUAACUUUUAUUGCGCAUCAUUCCAUAAGGUGCAUCCAUCUUGUGGUUUAUUUUUACGAUGUGAUUACCCAUCCCAUCACUUG